UCCACGGUUUCUGGGGCCUCGAAAGUUUGGCUGUCUCGCUUCGUUUCUUCUCCUAACCUUACGCCAUCAGCAUCUCCCAGCUCACAAGAACGCAAUGCACCUCUGCUGUAUUCUUACGCAUUGUCGGGUCCGGCCCUUCAGGCAUGCCAGGGCGUUUACUUAGCAUCUUCUGCUCACUGGAGCCGCCCUGCUUAUCUUUCCCUUGUCACGGCUCAGCUGGUCGUGGCCUUUCGAUCUGACACCACCACAGCAUGGAAGGAAAGACAACACCCACACAGCCAGUAUGGUGAUAUCAUAUGGUCCUCAGUGUUGGGUUGUGGCAUCAUUGCUUUCAGAAUCGGCGACCAAGUGAAUGCUCCUCGCCAUAAACCACAGUCAUCUCGAUGCUCUAUCUCGAUUCCUCGGUCCUACUGUAUGCACUACGCCUUGUGCACUAUGAGCACGCCCGGUCCUAGCUUCGAGCCCUGCAGUGAGGGGAGCUCGUGCGUCAGCUAUCCCUCCAAGCUCACUGAUCGCCAGCUCCAGCUUCAUCGGGCCCUGACCGCCAAUGUGAAUUCGUUGGCUGCCAAUAUCAGGCGUUCGCCAUGUACGAUGGUAACAGGUAGCGCCAACUUCAGGCUUCCCCUCGCCGACCGUCAACAUCGGUCGACAUUUUGUUGGGGACUCAGCGGCUGGUCCACCCCCUGGUGGCUGGCUAUUCAAACUUCAGGGUCCAUGUCUCCAACCAAACAAAGUUACUAA